AUGGCUCUGGCUACUUUCGGUCUGGUAUUCGCUGCGGCCAGUUGGGUGUGCUCGGCCAACGCUGCUAGUGCGACGGGGGGAGAUUUCAAUGUUCUAUCCAUCAAUGUUGAUGGUCUGCCCGAGUUCAUCGACCUCGCCCAAAACAAAAUCCGCAACUCAUACGCCAUCGGUACUAAGCUCAAGGAGUACCAGUACGACAUCGUCCAUCUUCAAGAGGAUUACAACUUUCACAUGACCAUCGCUCCCAUAAGCGAAUACCCGCACAGAACCACGCAUAAAGGCCCGCUUCCCAUUGGCGACGGUCUGAGCACCUUGUCAAACUACCCUUGGGAACAUUUCUCCCGGGAGGAAUGGAAGAAAUGCGCUGACGCCGACUGCUUUACGAGAUCGGGCUUCACGUUCAUGCGAGUCAGGCUUGCGAAUGGUAUCUACAUCGAUACCUACAACCUCCACACCGAUCAUGGCCAUGAUCCCGAUGACGUUGAGGCUCGUGCCGCCAACCUGGUGCAAGUCUCCGAAUACAUCAAAGCCCGGUCGGCCGGUAACGCCGUCCUCGUCUUCGGCAGCACCAACUCCCUCUACUCGCGACCAUCCGAUGUCGCGGACAUCUUCCAGGUGCAGAAUGGCAUGACGGACCCAUGGGUGCAACUCGAGCACCAGGGCGAGACGCCGACUGAACAGUCGGUCUGCCCCAACCCGUCGAUGGUCAACAGCUGCGAGGCGGAGGAGAAGAUCUUCUACCGCGGCUCCCGCGCCCUCGCCCUCAACGCCACCUACUUCGGCUACGAGUUCAACAGGUUCGUACGCAGUGAUGAUAACCGGGUCCUGAGCCCCAACAACCCCGUGUCGGCCAACUUCACCUGGGCCGCCUCGUCCUCGUUCCGCCAGUCGAACCUCUCCGGUGGCCCCCACGGAGUCUGGUUCAACGACUUGGACGCCCUCCCGGAGAAGCCCCAGGUCCAGACCAUCACCUUCUCGGGUGGCGAACGCCUCGACAGCGUCGGCCUGACCCUCGUCACGGGAGAAGCCUUCACCCACGGCGGUCCCGGUGGCAUCCCGGUCAGCCUCACCCUCGAGCCGAACGAGUUCUGGACCUCCGCCCAGCUGUGCACCGACCGGAGAAUUGGCCGCACCAGGAACUUCUUCAUCGAGGCCACCACCAGCACCGGACGCGCCCUGACGGCCGGGACGCGCACGUCCGACUGCGUGACGUACGAUGCCCCCGAGGGCUGGCAGAUCACCGGCUACAUGGGCCGGGUCGGCGAAGAGGUCGACCAGCUCGCCUUCAUCUACGCUCCGCAAUAG